AUGGGUUUUAACAAGAACCGACUUUAUAUCGCAUUGUAUCCGAGUGGGGUCGUUAACAACGAAGAGCGUCGCUAUCAUUGGGGAUUUCUCAUCGGUCCUAAAAACGAGUCCGGAACCGAAGUCCCGGGCAUGCGCUACCAUGUCAAAAACCACCCGAUGCACGGCUGGGUCUAUGAAGAGAUCGAUCUUCCUAACGUCCGGAGCACGAACAGUCUGCUAGCCCGCAUCAUCAUCGCCAAAGUAGAAGACGAGAAGCGGCUUGUCGAAAUAUUUCGUAGCGCGCCGGUUGUUCAGAGCGACCCAAAUUGGCGUUGUCGCACCUGGGUUGCGGACGUCCUUUCGAGGAUAGCAUCAGACGGCGGUAGGGCUGUUGGCACGUCGGAGCUAGACUGGGCAAAGAUUGAGAGGGUUGCUCGUGAUUACGUAGCGAACAAGACGGCGACUGGAAGAUACAUGGACCCGGCGGUCAUGCCGUUGCCAAAGCCAACUUGGGAUAUGCUACAGGGAAAGGAGGUUGUACCUUGA